UCAUCUUUCAUUUUACUUUUCCACUCUUCUUUCGUUACACUUUUUUUUUUUUGUAUUGAGGGAUACAUUGAACAAUAACUCUUAAUUGCAUGGACGUCUUCCGUCGCUCAGCAUCGUCCUCCAACAAUUCGGAAACUCAUUCUCUAAAGGAACUCUACUCUCCGUCACAGAACGAGGCUGUGCACCCAUUGAUGGGUAAUGUUUAUCAACAUCACAAUACAAGCAGCACUAGUGGCCCUAUGUCUUCAUCCACAACAAAAAAUGCAAAAGUGGUUGCAGCGGGGUUAGGUGGAACCUCUCGUUCAACCGCACAAAUGGAAUUCAAUGUUCUCUCAGAACCAUCUAGCUUAAAGCAGCUCCGUGCUCUGACCGUCAAGAACUUCAAAGUCAGAAUCAGGGAUCUUGCACAAACAAUUAAUGCAGUCUUCCAGCCGGUUUGGAUGAUGCUCGUCCUUGUUUUCCUGCACCUCUCUGCUAAAGAUGCUUCAAAUCAUAUGGCUGUUAAGGCUCUCCCGUACCUCUCUCAUGACACUUGCAAGUCUACAACAGACUGCACCUAUUUUGGAUAUACUGGCGUCCCUAGCACAGAUCCCAUCAUCACCGAGCUCUCUAGCUUCUUCGCUGCUUCGGAACCCCAAUCGGUUGUACCAAAGUAUUUCGAGAGCGAGCAGGCCAUGAGUACUGCCUAUGAUGUCUCUCCAGUCAACUUUGUUGUUGGCGUUAUCUUUGUGACACCAUCCACUAACUUGACAACAGUAGCACCGCCUCCUUCUUCAGGGACAAAUGAUCCCACUUUCACCUACCGCUACACAAUCAUGGCCAAUCACACUGCUCAUGCUAAGCAUGAGUAUGUCAGCUCCCGCUUUGCCACAGCACAGGCCUAUAUCGAACGUGCUGCAAUCAACUUGCAUCGCAAAGCCAACAAUAAACCCCCACUAUCUUCUCCUCUCCCUUUGAAAAGUGCAGGCGACCCAGGCAUAGGCAUAACAGGCGCAGGGCGCACAUUCAUUUCGUACGCCAACUUUGUGGGACUGGGUACCUCGAUCAACUCUGCUCUAAAUGCAUUUUAUGUCAUCUUUUGUUUUCAGGCUGUCUGGCUUGGUGUCCUUGAUAUCCUUGUGGUAGAGAAGAGUAAGCGUAUCAGAUCCACCAUGUCUAUGAUGGGUCUUAAUUCCAAUGCAUAUCUUGCUUCCAUUUGGCUCAUGCAAAACAUCCAGAACUUGGUCACUUGCGCAUUAAUGCUCUUCAUCCUCUUUGUCGGCCGAAUUUUCACCCGCACCAACGCCUUCAUAGUCUACUUGCUCCUCAUCCUCUUCUCCUUCAAUGUAACCGCAAUAGGCACCAUUGCCUCAGUCCUCGUUCAAGACCCCAAAAAAACCAACACGGUCAAUUUUUUGCUUCUCGGGCUCACAGUGGGGUCUUAUGGUAUAUGUAGUGCACUUGUCUAUGGUCGAGGAGCUGUAGAUCCCACAACUGAAACUUUGAUCUUCUUGAUCCCUUCUGUGGCCCUUGGGCGAGCCAUCAACUACAUCACAGGCGUAGAGGCAGCAUUAGGAGGCGUCACAUUCGACAAUCUGGCUUCUGGACCAUGUGGCAAAGCAUUGUGGAUGAUGGCUCUGGAUUGUGUUUUGUUCUACUUCUUGGCCUGGUAUAUGGACGCUGUCUUCCCAGGAGAGUAUGGAAGUGCUCUCCCAUUUGACUUCUUUUUAAGGCGCAGCUACUGGGGGAUUGGUCAAUACGAACGUGCAGCCGACAAACCGAAUGUGGUUAUGCCUCGAGCCCCAUCUGCUCGCCAAAAUGCUCUUCAACAACAGCAGCAUCAAGGUGGACAUGAGGCGCAUGCUGACAUGUUUGAAGACUUUGAUAUCACUCGAGUGCCUGUUGAGGAUCGCGGAGUCAUCCAAGUCACCAACCUUCGAAAAAGUUUUACAUCCCCUCCAGGAUAUGCCUAUUAUUUACCUAUCAUUGGGCUCUUUCUCCAGAUCUUUUAUCCGCCUUCAAAAUCCACCAAAACAUCUGGACCUUUGGCAGGUAUUCAGAAGAAGGAAGUCGUCAGUGGAGUGGAUCUUGAGAUCCAUCGGAAUGAGAUCUUUGGAUUCCUGGGCCAUAACGGCGCUGGCAAGACAACUUCUCUCUCUAUGAUCAUGGGCGCCUUAAACCCGACUGCAGGAACUAUCGUCGUCAAUGGGCAUUUGAUGCCUGGAAGUGAAGGUAUCAAGCGUAGGGAGAUGGACCUGAGAACACUGGCUGAGGUUCAAAAACAAAUGGGAGUAUGUCCACAGCACGAUGUGCUCUUUGAUACGUUGACUGCAUGGGAGACCAUUCAGCUGUACGCUGCGAUCAAAGGAGUCAGAGUGGUGAGUCGGAAGUCUACACCAGCUGAAACAAGGGCAAGGCUAGAUGGGAAUGCAGACAGCAAUGGUACUUCUUCAUCUUCAGACAUCGAAAAGAGUAUACUGGAUGAAUACCUGGCCCACUUACUGGAAGAUGUCUACCUUCGUGAGAAGAAACAUGAACGUGUCGUCACAUUCUCUGGAGGCAUGAAACGUAAACUGUCGGUCGCUUUGGCGUUUUUGGGUGACCCCAAAGUCGUGUUGUUGGAUGAACCAACUACAGGCAUGGAUGAGUACACAAAGAAGAGUAUUUGGCAAUUGAUGCAGGAUUCUAAAGCAGGAAGGACAAUCUUAUUGACGACCCAUUCGAUGGAAGAAGCAGAUGCGUUGAGUGACAGAAUUGCGAUCUUGUCUCAUGGAAAACUUCAGACCCUGGGUAGCUCCCUGUUCCUUAAAAACCGAUUCGGAGUAGGGUACCGCUUGAGUCUGGAGAAGCGACGUGUGAUGUUGAGUGAUCAGGACCGUGAUGACAUUCAUCCUAAGGGCUACGGAGAGCAACAGGUGCCUACCAAACCUUCAUCCCAAUGGCAUGGAAAUAACAGUGAAAAUAUUGAUGAGCAGGGCCAAACAAUUCUUUUCGAUGAGGCAAAGACCACAGAAAUCGUAAAGAAGCAUUUCCCAGACGCUACAAUUGAUGUCAACACAUCGACGGAUAUUGUUUACGUGCUCCCGACUACCGGCACAAUGGAGCAACGGAGUGGACGUACGGCUCAAGAGUAUAUUAGAGAUAAGAAAGCAGCUUUGCCCGGAUUGUUUGAACAUCUGGAUCAAGAAAUUGCAGCGAAUCGAUUGGGUGUCAAGAGCGUGGGUCUUUCAUUAACUACAUUGGAAGAAGUCUUUGUGAAUCUGCAACAGCAAGAUGAGGCUGAGAAGGCUGCGAAGGACGAAGCAGAAGCCGCUCAAUAAUAAAUAGUAAAAGGAGGGGAAUAACUUAUCAUGUCAUAUUAUAGAAAGAUAUGUAGCACUUUUAACAUUAAUAACAUUUACAACUGCAUUUCUUUUAUUUCUUUUUAUGAACUUGUUAAUGUGUGUGUGUGUGUGAUGCAGAAUUGAUAGAUCUUCCUUAUCCUGCUUUCAAGUAAAGAUAUGCGACUUGGACAAGUUAAAUGACAUCAAAGUACCAACACUAGCCUGAGUUUCGCUAUCGAAAAUCUUGUACUCCUCAGACUUACGCCAUGCAGCAUAGACUGGGUGAGUAUCAACAGUCUCCUU